GUUGCGACAUGGCCUCAUAUUCACGACAGCGAAUGUCCGGAUCUUUUCUGUCUUCGUCGCCGUGAGCGUCCUCGGCCAUGUUGGCGCAGGCCGUGCUGCCGGGGCAGUUUUGCACCGAGGUCCAGUCCCCCGAUUGCCUGGUGGGUCUGAAGGGUGGGUCUGAAGACGUUCCUCUCGGAGGGAUCGAUGGGUUUACUCCCGCAUGUUUCAACGUAUUCCAUAGGCACCGCAGGGCAGAACGCCGUCUUCAUCAGCUCGUUGCUGGGCCUGGUCGCGUCCGCGGCUUUCGUGUUCCACACGGUCGUCUACAGGUUCCUGGCCAGGCGGUUCUGGAAGGCCAUCACCAGCAGGCUUAAAUGUUCAGAUAUUGCCAUGCAGGAGGAGGUGACCAAAAAAUUCAGAACUGAAGGUCUACAUCAUGCCUGUUGCAUCAAUUUCUUUUUCUCCAUGUGGUGCUGCGUGAAUCUGACCAUGAUGGUCGUCAACACUGUACUUCGAACUCCUCGGUGGAUGACCGUCUGGCAGGACGUGCUGUGGGUAGUGUUGACCUUUGCUUGCAUUAGCAGCCAACUCGCACUGAGGCGCUGGCAGCAUCAUUCGACGGUGAAUGUCGUGUACGUCGUCUCCUCAAUCUGCAAUACAGCCUUCGUGAGCGUGGGCCCCUCUGGACAGGUAGCCUUCCUGGCCAUAGCAGCCUGCAGCAUGUUCAUACGGGGUGCCUGGGGCCUGACGGGCAUAAGACCGGCAGUGGUGGUGUGUCUGACGGCGCUCCACUUCCUGUGCGUGUGCACGGGCUUCGCGCGCACGGAGGCCCUCUGCACGGAGGACGGCGGCUCCCAGAACUUUCGCACAUUCGUCAUCACGGAGUGCUUCGCGGACAGCGCCAUAGUUUUUGGCUCUGUGGUGUGGCGCCACUUCUCCAUGCUGCGGAUCAUCCACGAGAUUCAGGCGUCAAUCUCGCAGAGCGAGAGCCAGGCCUCGAGGAGCCUCUUGAAUAUCAUCUGCGACGCCACCGUAGAGCUGGACGGGCGGCUGCAGAUCAUGGACGAGACGCCCCGUCUCGCAAGCCUCCUGCAGCACGGGUGCGAUCGGUCUCUGCGGGGUUCGAGCAUGCUUCAGUUCAUACUGGAGGAGGACCAGCAGCAGUUCACCCAAAGCAUCCGCUCCUCCAGCGACGAGUGCAUGGCGAACGUGUUCCACACGCGCGUGCGCGACAGCAUCAGCAACGUCAUCAGGAUGGAGGUCUUCCACGUCCCAGUUACUAGCUACUUGAAGGCCGACUCCCACCUCAUAGGGGUGCGCGAGUACGCCGACGUCAUAAAGAACGUCGGCUCGCCGUCGAACACCGGCGGGCUCAAGGGGUGCAUGACAGAGGGCGCCCAGACGGCCGGCGAUGUGGCCCACCCCUGGAAUCCGAGCCCCACGAAUGCGGGCCCUUGCGGGCCGCCGAGUUGCGCGUGGUCUAAGUUAUCCUCGUCGUUGCCGUCCUCCAGGGGGACACCCCAUAGCCUCUCUGGGAUGGAUGGCGAGAUCGCUGUCUGCAUCGACGUGCUCUCUGACAGCUGGUCGAUCCUCAGCUUCACCCCGGGCUUCGAGCUGUUCUGCGGCAGCGGCUCGCGAACCGGUCGUCUCUUCCAGGGGGCUCGAGAAUUUCGGAAUUGCUGGGGUGGGUCAAGCCCAACAUGAGGGAGCCCUUCAUCAUGUGGAUGCAGUCCUCGUUCCAGGAGUUGCGGGCCCUCGGCAGCCCAGACUUCACCCAGAGCCCCGACGCGCGAUGCUUCGAGGGUCGGAUCCAUUUCCGCCCCCCUUCGCUCUGGCCCGUCCAGGCCAGGAUCGCGUUUGCAGCCAGAAUAACAGUCGAUUUGCCCGCGGGCGAGGACCAGAACGAUCGGCGCACGUCGGUGCGGCUGACCUUCUCCGACAUCUGGGUGGUGCAGCAGCGCAGCGCUCGACGUGCAGGAUUGUAUACCCUGUGACCUGUCGGGGCCUCUUGCAGGGAUAUUCUAGGGCAGCAUGGGGUAACAAUGAUCCAACACGUAUGCUGUCUGCGCACCCCUCUUAAUCCCACCUGUCUCUCCAGGGUCACCCUGACCGUGAAUUAAGGCGCGUAGGAAGUUUCAUCGAGCCCCGAAAGAGGGUGCUUGCGCUCCAUACCACUCUGAGAGCCCAUCGAUGUGCUGGAUGCCCCAGCGCCUGCCCUCCAUCGGCCAAAUUUUCCACUCGAGCUGGCGAUUGCGCGUAAUUCGCCCAAUGCGAAGGCACACUGAUUUUUCGCGUACGUAGACACUAUGCACGGCUUGACCUCUCGACGCCUGCUGAAUACAUUUCUCUCGCAGUCUCAGCGAGAGGACGGCAGCGACUUUGCGUGGCGCUCAGCCUAACGGUAGCCACGCAAGGACGAAUCAUUUUUCCUCCGUCUUGUCCUCCUCCCGUAUUUCUCUUCGCUCCUCUGGUUCCCAUCUGUCUCUUGCGGGUUAUCAACAUCGGAUCUCUGGGUCUCUCUCUCUCUCACUCUCUGUCGUUUCCUCCCUGCUGCAGCGGUGCACAUGUGUCCUCCCUAGCCAUUCGGGGGGCGCUCGCACACCGGCAUCUUGCCCUUUUGAUGCAUGCGCACUUCCGUGCAGGGGGCGUUCCUCAUUCCAGCCGGGCUUUAUUUGGUCCUGCAGUGUUCCAACAUCCAACCAACCUUGACUACAGUACGACCGUGCGGGCGGUCUUCGCGCUGAACAAA